UUUAACAAAUUGGCGGACUACGCAUUUGUAAACAAUUUUAUUUCAGAUUUCGAAUCAUUAAAAAAUUUUUCGGAACAAAGCUUUUGUCAAUCGAGGAGUAAUCAUCGUUUUACACGUCUCUACAAAUUAUCGUAGAAUCUGUUAUACAUCACACGUUUAGGUAUCAAACAAGUCGAAGUUAGCGGUGUUUGAUACGCAAUCGCACAAUUUCUCUUGUAAAAGUUAUAAAAGAUGCCAGAAAACGUGCUAAAUGGAGAUCAUGUGGACGUGAAGAGUGCUAACUGUGAAACUCAGGAUAACGAUGAAGACACUAACGAAGUAGACGUACAUUUUGAACCAAUAAUUUCUUUGCCAUUGAUAGAGGUAUCCAAUAAUGAAGAAGACGAAGUUGAAAUGAUUAAAAUGAGAGCAAAAUUAUAUCGUUACGAUUCUUCUAGUAAUCCUGCGGAAUGGAAAGAACGUGGCACUGGAGAAGUUAAAUUAUUAAGACAUAAAACAAAAAAUACAGUAAGAGUUGUAAUGCGUAGAGAUAAAACGCUUAAAAUCUGUGCUAAUCAUUUUGUAACUCCUUGGAUGGAAUUGAAACCCAACUGUGGCAGUGAUAGGGCAUGGGUAUGGAGCGUACUUGCCGAUUAUGCAGAUGAGCAGCUUAAGCCGGAGCUACUUGCCAUACGAUUUGCAAAUGUAGAAAAUGCAACUGUUUGGAAAGAAGCGUUUGAAAAGGCAAAGAAGAUAGUGGGCUCUGAAUGUGAAAUAUAUGCUGGUAAAAAUAACUGCGAAGAAAAACAUGUUGAGAGUGAUAGUGAACCUUCUAGUGAUGUAAGUUAUAGUGAAAGUACUGAUAAUGAAGAACAAGCUAAUAAAUUGACAGAAGGAGAUUUAAAAAUUGGAAGUAAUAGAAUUGAGGAAGUGGAAGCUUCUGAGAAGCAAAUAAAAGAUGAAGAAAGUAUGGAGAAGGUAUCUAAAGAACUGGAACAAUUGCAAGUAAAGGAUAUGGAGGAGAAGUAAAAAUCUAUAUCUUCAUCAAUUAGAAAUGUUAAUGAUAAAUGCACAUUCCAUAACAUAAACAUAAACAUACAUGUAUGCAUAUGCUUAAAUAUUUGAUCAUUGAAUUUAAUGUAGAAAAAAUAUUUUAACAACAACGUGUUAAUAGACAGGUUAAACAAAGUUUCAAUUUAUAAAUAGUACAAUAUUUAUAUGGUUGUUAUGCGUUAUCUGUGAUUUUUUAAUGAAAAAUAUUUUAGCAUUUAUACCACGAUGAAAAAAAUUAAACACGUUAAAUUCAAAAGAAAUGAGAAGUUUAGAAAUAGGACAGCUGCUUAAUAUUUUAAAUAUGUGAGAAUUUAUUCAAUUGCAUUUUUAUUAAAUUUUUAAAGCUACUUCUAUACUAUAUGUUUUUAUGUAUACCAUAUGUUAGCAUGAAAUAAUAUUAAAAUUUUAGUGUUUAUAAAAACAUGUUUAAAAAAAAAAUU